CUGCCCUCUCUGCUUUCCUUCCAUUGAAAUUAGUGUAUCGUGAGGGUAGACUUUUGAGUUUAAUUAUACUUUUAUAUUACGUGAGGAACUUUUAUUUUGAAAAUGUCAGAAAUUCAGAGACCCGGAACUACCGUUUUAGUGUUGCUGACUGACGCUUAUUAAGCGGACCCUUUUACCAAACAGUGCGUAAACCCAAGUCUAAGUUGUUAUUAACCGGUGAAGUAAGUAACAGUCCUUUGAGAAAAAUCUUGCCACCUUUGUGAAGAUGAAUCAUGCAUAGGCCUACAGUUCAUCGCUAUGGGUUUCUAGUUGCUGUAACUUUGUGAGCAGUGCCGCACAGACUUUGUACUUUCCUGCACGAGUAUCUACUCGCACCAGAAUUAUGUAACUACACAGAGCGGUUUUCUAUGUGUUUGUCCACCAUGGUUGGGACUUUCCCGCUUCUGUCAGUGCAGCCAACGCGGGGGCUCGUGGAUGAGAAGAUCCAGGUAGUUGUGAGGAAUUUACCUCCAGCGCUCUCAGUGACAAUACAUUCCCUUCAUCGCUCUGAGGAUAAGGACCUUUGGGAGGCGUUUGGCCAUUACACCAGCGACGGCCAAGGCACGGUGACAGUUGCUAAGGAUGCCAGUCUUGGAGGAACAUAUGAAGGAGCAGAGCCCAUGGGUCUACUGUGGAGCAUGCAGCCUGUUCCAGGCAGUCGGACAGGCCUCAGGUUGAGAAAGAUGGAUGUCCUCACUCCUAUGGUGGUACACAUCUCUGUGUACAGUGGGCACAUGACUGAGGGCUUCAGCAAGCUGUCUCCUCUAGUGACCGUUGUCACAGAACGAUGGUACAUGGCACCGGGUGUGUGCAGAAUUGACAUCAGGGAACAUGGAGUCCGAGGGACCCUCUUUUUACCCCCAGGUCCUGGACCCUUCCCUGGGGUGUUGGAUAUGUGGGGAGGGGGUGGGGGGCUGGUGGAGUACCGCUCUGGCCUCCUGGCGUCACACGGUUUUGUUUCCAUGGCGCUAGAGUACCUUCCCCAUGACAAGAACAGAACCUCAGACAUCGAAUCAAAAACCUACUUUGAGAAAGCGUUCAGGAUUGUGCAGGAGCACCCCCUGGUGAUGAAGGACAGAGUUGCUCUGUUUGGUCUCUCCUUAGGCGCGUCAGUCGCCCUCAACUUGGCAGCCUACUCCAAAGACAUCAGCCCCAAAUGCUUUGUGUGUAUCAGUGGGAGUCACGUCAACCCUGUCAACAAGUUUAUCGGCGAGGUGUUUAGAAAGAUGAACAAGGAUGGGCAUAAGAUCCGAUUUGAUGAAGAGGGCCGUGUGGUCUGGAGAGACAUCAUUCUGCCUAUCCCAACCGACCUUGGAGAGAAAGUGGAUAUGGGGAGGAUAAAGUGUCCAUUGAUGUUGGUCGUCGGGGAGGAUGAUCAGAACUGGGCCACAGUGGAGUCUGCUAAGGACAUGACCCAGAUGAUGUGUGCAGCGGGUAACGAGCACCUGCUGACCAUUCUACAAUACCCUGAUGCUGGACACCUCAUUGAGCCGCCCUACACACCCCACUUCAGAGCCAGCAACUUCAUAAUGCAGCAAACACGACAGAAAGUGAUCAUGUUGUGGGGAGGGUACACCAAGCCGCAUGCCGAUGCUCAGGAAGACUGUUGGGAGAAGAUCCUUUGCUUCCUACGGCAACACCUCUACCCCAGCCCCGACUCUGUCCCUCAGGCCAAGCUGUGAUGUCACACCCGGGGAGCAUCAAGGGCCUAGUAUGAUUGACUAAGCUAUAACUUAAAAUAUAAAGUGUUAAUGUAUUUUUUAAUUUUUUAAGUCUAAUUAUUUUAGUGGGUGGGAGGGUUCGUCUAAGCUAAUAAUUAUACAUAACAGGAUUCUCGAUACCACUCUUAACGACCAAGUGAAGAAUCUUAUAGUGUGUGACCCCUGUCUUGCCAUGUAAUUUAGUGAUUUUCUUUUAGAUGUCUCGGUCUGACAAACACCACUGUAGCUCAGUCACCUUCCACCUCAGAUGUGGAAUGUCGACAUAGGCGGAUGGGGUGGAUUGAGAGACAGCCCAAGAUAAAAAAACAGAUAUUUAUCUUAAACUGACAGUAUUUUGGGUGCAUCAAUAUACUCUUAAGGAGUAAUAUUUAUGAAAUGAGUGAGAGUCAUCAGUGAGAGUCAUCAGACCAGUGAACACAGCUGUACAACAUAACUUGAGGGCUGAUGAGGAGUGUCCACAAUAGUGGGUCAGUCUCUCAUUCACUGAACUGUACGAGUUUCAACCUGCCAAUAGUGUUAAGACCUGUGCCUGAAACCUAACUGCCAUAGUACACAGAUGAUUGAUUCUAUUUUUUGAUUCAUGAGGAAAUGUAUUGUCUAUGAUGAUUAUAAUAAAUCGGAGGAGGAUGAACAAUAAAUAUGUUGUUAUUGAGAGCAUGAGAGAGCUA